AUGCUCCUUAGUCAGUUCGUGGCUGAAAAUGAUAGGGAUAUAGGAAAUGAAGAACGGAGUAUAUGGUGCCAGAAAUUGAAGUUCUUACCGUCUGAUAAGAUGACCAAGCCAGUUGCCUUAGCAUCAUUCCCAGGAAGUGGUAACACUUGGUUGCGCUAUCUCCUGCAGCAAGCUACUGGGAUACUUACUGGGAGUGUAUACCUUGAUUACGACCUGAUUUCUUCAUCAUUUCCCGGAGAAGGAAUCAAUAAUUCUUCAGUUCUUGUCGUGAAAACGCACGAAUGGGAUCCUAAUGAAUGGAUAAACUUCAGGAAGGCCAUACUCCUAGUUCGAGAACCCUACAAAGCUAUCCUAGCGGAGUUUAAUCGACAGCACGGUGGACAUAUUGGAGAAGCAGAAGGGAUACUUCAAGAGGAGAAGAAGUUCUUUUGA